CCUGUAUAUGUAUAUGUAUAAAGGGGAGGUACCUACAAGGAUGAUACUACGGUUAGGCAGUCAAGCCCUUAUCACUUGCGUGGAACCGCCGGCUGCGCGCAACGCGGCAUCGAUUUUUCUACAAAACAAGCCAUUUGUAACCACCCGCGGCCUGAAAAACACGUCACGGAAGCAUCAGUGGCUCCCGACAGUGUUUAGAAAACGUAAACAUAGAGAGAAAUGUGAAUAUCUGGGGAAAAAUAUGCAAUACUGCUCAUGGGCUGAAAAUGAAAAUGGCGAACCAAAAUAAAGAGAACGAGGAGGGGAGCAUGCCAGCAGCGGACCCUGGCACCGAGGCCAAGGAGAAGCUCAUAGCCGCCGUCAAGAAGGAGGUCAAGCAGUUGAUGGAAGAGGCCGUCACCCGAAAAUUUGUUCACGAAGACAGCGGUGGUGUCACUGCUCUCUGCGGUGCCGUAGAGGCCUGCCUCGGACAAGGCCUGCGGAGGCGAGCUUUGGGCCUCUUCAAGACCAACUCCACAACAGCGUUGCUGCAUAAGAUCGCAAAGCACUGCCCAGAAGCAGCAUUAGUAUCCGCACGAGUACUAUCCGCCGAGGGCGCGCCGGCGGUUCGCUCGGCCUCGGGAGUAGAGCGACGGCCCUCGGCCCCGCGACCACCUCUCAACAAGCGAGGCUCCGGCUCCUUACUGUCAUCUUCACCACCACAACCAAAAUAUCUCUGGAUCCGAAUAGCAUUGUUCGAGCGUCAACUCGCUAAAAUAAUCGAGCAUCUCGUUAGCAACGCGAAUCGAUACUACGAACGAGACGCGCUGGUUGCCGAUCCGGACUUCGGGAGUAUUCUCAGCUCGCUGCUCGUGGGGCCCUGUGCUUUGGAGUACUCUAAAGCGAAGGCCCCGGCUUGCUUCUGGACAGACCCGCCGGCAGACGAGCUGGUCCAACGCCACAGGAUGUCAGCCGGUACGACCACACCGCCCUCGGUGCGGCGGCCCAUCCUCAAUUUCGGGAGGAGCCUCAACACAUCAUCGGACGACAGUGGCUCUGCAAACACUGGUGCAAUCAAUGCCGGCGGAUCGACAGCGAAGGAUUACGUGGAGAGUUUGCACCAGAACUCCCGUGCAGCGCUCCUGUAUGGCAAGAACAAUGUACGCGUACAGCCGAAAGACGUAGCGGAGCCCAUGCCAGGCUACCUCAGCCUGCACCAGACCGCAGCCGGUCUGAUCAUCAAGUGGACUCCCAACCAGCUCAUGAACGGUUACGCCGAGAGCGAAGGCGUCGACAAGAGUUUUCGCUGUCACCUAGUGCAUGCGUCCGCCUGCCCUCACACAUGUGUCAUGUGCAGCGCUGCGCCCUGCACUGUGUACAGGCGCCUUUGCUCUGGCCCCUUGUGUAUAGACUGCGUGUAUUGGGCGAUGUCGCUGCAAGUGUGCGUGUGGGAGGUGGUGUACGUGCACGUGCACCGCGCGCCCGGCGCCGACGCGCUCAUCCUCGUGGGGCAGGACGGCGUGCAGCGCCCGCCCAUACACUUCCCUAAAGGUGGUCAUCUUCUGUCAUUUCUGAGCAACUUGGAAACAGGACUACUACCGCACGGACAACUCGAUCCUCCACUUUGGUCACAAAGAGGAACUGGAAAGGUGUUUGGGCGCGGUAAAGGGCGUCGGCGUCCAAUGCCAAGCCUCUGCGAGAGCGCGGAGACUGACGAAACUGAAUGGGAGGAAGCGGCUGGGGACUACGUCUUCCGAAUUGUCAACAACGCCAUAGCCGACCGCGAAGCGAUGCGCCACUCACUCCUAGAGCGUUGCGUGCAGUCCCCACCGCGCACACCACGGCGUCCGCUCGCGUCCACUUCCACCACAUCAUCAGACUCUAGCACCAUGUCUGUGGACUGCCCGCCUUCCGCAGGCCUUAACGGGCAUCCACCGGCGCUGAUACAGCAUCACCCGAUAGAACAGUCGGCGUCAAUCGAGCUAGUGUGCAGUACGAUGCGUCGGCAGAUUAUCUCCCGCGCGUUCUAUGGCUGGCUGGCGUACUGCAGACAUCUCUCCACUGUUCGCACACACUUGAGCGGCUUGGUACACCCAAAUAUUGUUCCAAGAGAGGGCGCCGAGGGUGGUCUGACAGAGGAACGGUGGAGAGCCAUGACGGAUGAACACGGCGCCGUCAGCGAUAAAGAUGAAGUAUACCGGCUGGUGUACUACGGUGGUGUACAGCACGAUAUACGGCGGGAAGUGUGGCCGUAUCUACUUGGAUAUUAUGAAUUUGGCUCAACAACAGAAGAGCGCGCAGAACAAGACGCAGCUUGCCGCCGACAGUAUGAGACCGUGAUGUCGGAGUGGCUCUGCGUGGAGGCCAUCGUACGGCAGCGGGACCGGGAGGCCACGGCGGCUUCCAUAGCUCGACUGAGCGAGGCUUCUGGGAGGCUAAAGCCAGCUGAGAAUGCAUCGCCGAGCGAGGUAUUCGAAGACGACUGCAGCAUUAUAUCAGACAAUCCACCAGUGGUUUCACCUGAACCCAACGAAACCGAACAGAAGAAACCAGAUACAAAACCGGUUCUAUCCAGAGCACCGAGCAUAGAUGAAGUAGACAACAUAGAGAUGGAUUCAGAAGAUAAAGAGAAUAUAAACGGAGAGACUGAGAAGGGUGAUAGUAGGGAUGUAGAUUUAGACAGUCUUAAAGACUUAGAUGAAGAGGAAGAAGUACACAUUAAGAGUACAGUUGAGAAUCCUGAUAUGAGAAGGGAGAGCAUAGCUGAGAUAAAGAGGUUAGCUGAAGGUAUAGUGCAGACGGGCGGUGGGCGAGGACCGUUGUGUAGCGUGGAUAGUGCGAAUAUAAACCUUAAUGGGAACGACUUAAGGUCGUCGUUGGACGAGAGCGUGCCAACUGCUCCGCCACCGCAGCAGCAGCAUACGAGUGUGAUUAUUACAAAUCCAUCAGUCGACCUAGCUGCGGGCGGGUCGCCUGCAUCAGGAGGAACCACAGCGAACGUGAGCCCGGCGCGCAGCCCGCUGGGCGUGGUGCGCGAGGAGUCGGCGUCGGGCGGCGCCUCCUUCGACACGCUGGAGCCCUCCAACGACCCCCGGCCCGAGACCCGCUCCAACUGCGUGUCGCCGGCCAGCUCCAAUGGCGGGGUUUAUUCCAAUGAACUAGUGGAAAGCUUCGCUUUGAACUUGCAUCGCAUUGAAAAAGAUGUGCAAAGGUGCGACAGGAACUACCCGUUCUUCACAGAUGAGAAUCUCGACAAGCUGAGGAAUAUUAUGUGCACGUAUGUGUGGGAGCACCUAGAAAUGGGUUACAUGCAAGGCAUGUGCGACCUGGCAGCUCCUCUGCUGGUGAUGAUGCGCGAAGAGGGCGCUGCGCACGCGCUGUUCGCGAGCCUCAUGUCGCGCGCUAAGGAGAACUUCCCGUCUGGACAGGCCAUGGACGCGCACUUCGCGGAUAUGAGGUCGCUGAUCCAGAUCCUGGAUUGCGAGUUGUACGAGCUGAUGCACGCCCACGGCGACUACACACACUUCUACUUCUGUUACCGCUGGUUCCUACUCGAUUUCAAGCGUGAACUGCUAUACCAGGAUGUGUUUUCUGCAUGGGAGCUGAUCUGGGCGGCGCGUCACGUGGCCUCCGAGCACAUGGUGCUGUUCCUAGCACUAGCCCUACUCGAGACCUACAGAGACGUCAUCCUGGCUAACACCAUGGAUUUUACGGAUAUCAUCAAGUUUUUCAAUGAAAUGGCUGAACGGCACGACGCGUCAGCGGUGCUGUCUCUCGCCAGGGAUCUCGUGUUGCAAGUUCAAACCCUGAUAGAAAACAAAUAAACUAUAGGUAACAAUAACCUCGUAAGACCCAGCAUAUAAAGUUUUCAUAUAUUUAAUUUGAACCUUAUUCUAUAAGUAAAUUAGAACGAAUUUAAUUUAAUUUAAAAAGCAACGGAACAAAAGAAAUGCUACUUUAUUUGGUUCAUGGAAGGUUCAAAUUAGUUUGCACGAUUAUGUACAUUGUAAUGUACAUUUAGUACCAGUGUUGGCAAAAAAUCAAUUCGAAUUGACGAUUGACGAUUGAGGAUUGACCGAUCAAUCCGAAUUGACGAUUGACGAUUGACGAAACUAAUUCUAAAUCUACUGAUUGAGGAUUGACGAUUACUAAUCGUUAAUUCGAAUUGAUCGGUCAAUCCUCAAUCCUCAAUCGUCAAUUCGGAUUGACGAUUACUUUGUAUGUACCUACCUAAUGUCCUUUUUAUUUAGGCCAUUUUUCGAAACUAGCCAAAUACAUUCAAAAGCGGUGUCUGAGUUUACCAAAGGUUCCGAAACAUGUUUCCGACGGCAAUAUGAAGGAUGUCCUUUUUGGAACAUUUUCGGGACUUUCCUUGAAAUUAACCAAUAGCGUUCAAAAUCGAUAUCUGAGGUGCUCAAAGGUUUGAAACUUGUUUCCGAGGGAAAUAUUGAGAGAUGCCCUUUUUUGGGACAUUUCUAGAAAUUACCCGAUUGCGUUUAAAAUCGAUAUCUGAGGUAACCAGAGGUUUCUAAACAUCUUUUCAACUGCAAUAUUGAAAGGUUUCCUGUUUUGGGACAUUUUAGUGACAUUCUUUGAAAGUGACUGCUUGCAUUCAAAAUCGAUAUCUGAGGUGCAAAACAUGGUUUCAACGGCAAUAUUUAGAUUCUACACUUUAGCCGCGUACUUACUUUACUACCUGCAUUACGCCACCCUGCUGAUAACAAGAUGCGUUCUAAAAACGUACGAGUGCGAAAGAGAUAGCAUGAUUCUAAUCCUUUUAUUGUUCUAGUGGUGUCCAGUUUGAGUCCAGUAGAGAUAAGACAUUCGGUCUUCAACCCUUGUUGUUUGUUGGUGUGUGACUGUGUGUGUUUGUUUUAAAUUGGACUGUGGAUUUUCUUUUGGCGUUGGCUUGUUAUACGGACUUUUGGAUUUACUUCUGGACUGUUUCAUAUGAUUAGCUUGGCGUGACUUUGAGGAUUGGACAUCGCAGUUGUUCUUACGGUAAGUAACAUUUACCAACUAUUAUUUGUCGUAAAGGUUAACAUUGAAUAUCUAUAGGCACUUUUUUUAAAUCUAGAACAAUGUUAUGUGGGUUUAAAAAUUUCACUUUGUUAUUUUCGUGUGCAAGAUUAAUGGAUAAAAAAUAAUUAUGAGAAUACAUCUGUAAGAUAACUUUUGUAUGAUAUUAUAAUUAUGUCUAAAUCAAUAAAAAAAUAUCAUAUUUCGGGCUCCCUUCGAUUUCAUUUGAUGCUUGUUAUGUUUUUAUGACAGAUUGUUAUUGUGAGAUAAAUGAAUAAAUAAUAUCCAUAAUAACGAGUAAAGUUCAAUAUAUAAAGCCUUGCCAGUAUUACAGUGAAUACCGGGGGAUACCCCGAUACUUACUGUAAUACUCGCAAGGCAUUCAAUAAAAAUAAAUCAUUCUUUUGGGCAACCGUUGGGCACCUCAGAUAUAAAUUUUGAACGCAAUCGGUUGGUUUCAAGAAAUGUCCCAAAAUGUCCCAAAACAGGGCAUUUCGGAAAAUUACCUUCGGAAACAUGAUUCGGAACCUUAGCGUAGGUAAAAAGUCAUUUCUCGGUAUUGCCGUCAGAAACAUGUUUCGAAACCUUUGGGCACCUCAGAUAUCGAUUUUGAACGCAAUCGGUUAAUUUUAAGAAACGUCCCAUAAAUGUCCAAAAAAAAAAGGAAACUACAUACGUCUGUAUUGCCGUCGAAAACAUGUUACCUACCAUGUGAACCUUUGGAAAUCUCAGAUAUCGUUUUAAAGUGCCAACGAAUAAUUUAAAAAAAUGUCCCGAAAUGGAAGGGACAUGUUUCGGGACCUAUGGUCGACAUCGAUUACGAAUAUGAACGUAAUCGGCCAAUUUCGAAAAAUGUCCCAAAAAGGGACAUCAGUCAAUACUGACAUCAGGAACAUGUUUUCGAACCUCUGGGAACCUCAGAUAUCGACUUUAAGUCGGAUUGACGCGUCAAUUCGAUUGAUCAAUCCGGAUUGAUUUAGUUCAGAUUGAUGCCAACACUGUUUAGUACACACUUUACUUAUCACUGCUCUACGUAGGUAUAUGGAUCAUCGAAAGUAGAUUAUUUGGAUAAAGAUGUAUUUAAUGAGUUUUAUUAACAAAAAUCCAAGAUAACAUCGGCUGGUGUCUGUAAUAUGGCUACGUCUCAAAGCUUCGUUUUAUUUAUACGAAAAUGUGGUCGUGUUGCACGCAACGGACUAUGUUUGGUUUGAAAAUAAAUAGGUAAAGAUACAUUUUUACCUACCUUCACGAACAUAAGUACUUAAUGCUAUUUUGCAACUUGUCAAAAAACACCUGAUACUGACAAUUAUAUUUUAAAAUUAUUUACCUACUUUUGUCACUGCAAAAAUGUAGGUAUAUACCUAGGUACAAUAUACAUAAUAUUGUCAGUGUCAGGUUAGAAUAAAAUUCUCAAGUUGGUGAAUUAGGACCAGAAAUGGGCAAUUUCCAGUUAUUAAAAUUCACCAUAUUAUGGACGCAUUGUUAUAUACUUAUCAUCGAAAAUUAAACCUAUUGUUUGUACUAUACCUGCUAUAAUAAUACCGUUCUGCAAUCAUAAUUACCUAAAACUUAUAAUUCCUAAUACAUUGUACUUAUAAAUAGGUAAUUAUAUAAAUCAGAGUACUCACACUCAAUCGUGAUUUAACAAUUACAAAAUAAUCAUUAUUUUGGUACAUUUUACGAUCGUAGUAAACGAGAAUGCUAAGUUAGUCAAAUCGUCUAUUAAACGUAGGCAAAGUAUUUUAUUAGAUUAAAUCUAGUUGAGUUCAUGUCAGAUGAAUAAAAUAUGCUCAUUUUGUAUGUUCCAUUUAUAAGCGACAGUAUUUACUCAUAAAAGGUUUUUUUUUUUCACUUUUAAAAUAAUUUAUUUACAAACAAGAUAUAUACAGUGGUAUUACUAAAAGAAAUUAAAACGCAAUUAUUACAUACUUAUAUAUAGGAAAAUAUGUAAGUAUUUUCAUAUUUCAGAACCUUAUUAGACAUAGGUAAUAAAUAUAUUAUUACCCACCAAUUUAAGUUAAAAAUACCUACUAAAAUACAUCAAGUUCGUCGUUUCGAACUAUUACUUAGGUUACUUUUAAAAUAUAUACCUACUUAAACUAAAUUAUAAUAAAUUAAUAAACAUGAAUGAGGAAAAUAAGCGGGAACUUACUUAUUUCAUUCAUGAAAAAUGAAUUAAUAGGAAGUGUUUGAUAACAUACACUACAUGUGAGUACGAGAGGGGUUCCACGAAUUUCCCUACUACAUAAUAUUUACUCAUUACCGCUGGUUGUAAAGGAUUCCCCGGUCUUGUUGAUAAAAACAACAUUCUUUAGUUACAACACGCUUCGGUGCCUACAUUAGGCAAUACACAAGCGUUCGCUAUUGAUCGUCACUAAUUUAUUCGAUAUAUACUAAUGUAUUUACUAAUUUUCAGAGUUUUUCUUAAUGCCACAAGUUGUGGAUGAUUUAUUUCAGGACAAAAUACCUAACAAUUUUGUUUAUAGAGAAACGCCAUCUAAAAUAAAAAUGUAUCGUGAUGUCGAAUGCCAUACAUUAUUUACUUUUCAAAACUAUUAUUAUUUGCCUAGGUCCACAGGUUAACAGUUGUUUGUGUUCUGCCUUACUCAUCAAAAUAGUUAGAGUAAUUACUACGAUUACGUCAGGCUGUGAUGACUUUUUAUGACAUUUAUCAGUUGAACGACACGUGACCGAUAGUAUAUAUAACCGUGAGCGAAACUUUAAUCCACUUGUAAAUUAGGUGAUAAUUUGAUAAAUAUAACCAACGUUUUUUAAAUUUAUAGACCUCUUGAUUUAUAAAUACUAUAUAAAAUAUUGUAGGGUAUUUCUGUUUUAUACUCUCGACGCUGAUAUAACGGGACGAAUAUAAUUAUUAUCAUAAUUUGUAACUUUAUUAUCUAAUUCAAGUUGCGAUAAAUACCCUGUUUUUUUUUUAAUAUAAAAUAUAAUUUAUUACAAUUUUGGGUGUUGAUCUAAGUAGUUCCCUGAAGAAUGAACCGGGUGUGUCAUAUCAUAUCGACUACAAAUUGAAGAUGAUUCAAUAAUAUCGUGGCAGUACCUACUAUUCAAUAUAAAUAUUUAUACUUACAUUACAUACAUCAUUAUUAUCUUGAAGUCUAUCAAACCUCUGCAUAUCGUCUUAAGUACUUCCCUCCGUGCCUUGACCUUACACAGUUUUUAUAUAUUUGAAUUCGUAUAGUUCUUGUUCAAAACUAUUUUAAUAUUACGUCGAGUAAACCUCAGUAAAAAUAUACUUACCCAUCAUAUUCAAACACUGUGUGACUGUUACUCAGUGUGCUUGUAAGUAUACGAAUGUCAACAUUAAUUCUAGGAUAAAUAUCUUAAAACCAGGUUAAUUAUUACACAAACUCUUGAUUUGUAAAUAUUUAUGAUUCUCGUCAAUAUUUUAUCAUACCAAAUGGAUUUACACAUUGGAAAUCUGGUUUUUGGUCCUCACGAAAAGUCAGAUACUACGAGUAAAGGUUAUUACUAAAUUGUCGUAAGCAUAAAUUACCAUAAUAAGUGCUUCCAUAAUGAGUUUGUUUUAUGUACAGUUGUAUAUGAUAAUCCCUUAAAUUAUUUACUUAUAAGUUAAGUAGGUAUAUUUUAUUUGUGCUUAUUCAUAUACUCAUAAUAUGCAAACAUUAUUUAGUCAACGGAGGCAACGAAGCAGUAAUGCUGUUGUUUAGGGUUUUUAUUUAUUUAUGGAAAACUUCAAUAAAAGCUGUUUGUUUAGGCCUCAAUUUUACUAACUUACAGGUACUUACCAAUAAAUAUAUGUCAGCCAUAUUUCAUCAUACAAUAUAAUAAUAACUUAUGGUUAUAGGAAAAGGAAAAAUAUUUAUAAAUAUUAUAAAUAAUGAAAUAUAUAUAUUUGUUUAAACUGUAUUAAGUGUAGUAACUAUAUUCUUAGAUUUGUCUUUUUAAAUAAAUUUCUAUGUAGGUAUAUUUUACCCCCUUAUUCAUAAACGUUUACUAAAGUUAACAAGCCGAUAAUAAUCGUUUGUUCCUUUCCGACGUAUUGGUAUGAUGAAAAGGGACAAACGAUUAUUAUCGGCUUGUCAACUUUAGUAAACGUUUAUGAAUAAGGGGGUUAAUCUUUAUGAGUGAUGUGGUGACAAAAAACUCAGUCAACAUUAUUAAGCACAAAAUUUCGGUCAAAAUAAUGGUAGGUACAAAACCUCAACAAAAUUGGUAAUCUACCUGAGGUUGUUUUAUUCACCACGGCACUGGUAAAAUGAUUUCAUCAUUAAAACUACAGCUUGUUUGGUGUUUUUGCAACACGCUCUGUGUCAGUCUGUCCGGAUGUAUGUGAUGAUCAAUACGCUUACCCUAUCAUUAACUUUAUAUACAACAUUGGCCUAAGUCCAAACAUUAAAAUAUUAGCUAAGCUAUUGUGUUAAGAACACAUUAACUGGUGUCAAAUUUAGAAAAUUUAAUAUUUAAAAUACAUAAGGAAACGAUAAAAUAUACAUGUGCGAACAAAACGAGUAGGAAAUUAAUCGAAAUAUUUUCUCUAAAAUUAUUUUUUGUGUUAAACUCAUUAGUAAAGGUACAAUAAAUGGUUCUACAAUAAAUGGUUUAAAGUAUAUUUCUUAACGUUUUGUUCGCAUUGUGGAUGAUAAUUUAGAAAUUAUAAAGGAUGUUUUGUAUAAUUAGAUAAAUGUUUGUACGAAUCAAUGUUAUGGUCAUUUUAUCGCACUUGUUAAAUUAAGGAGAUGAAAUUAUUUGAUUCUGUUUAGUGUACAGUUGUAUAGAUGAAUGUUUACAAGUGUCUAUAGCUAUUGGAACAUUGUAUCGAAUUUGUCCUAAAUGUCUUUUUGUACUUGUCUAGCUUCGAUAAACUUUUCAAUAAAUGGUAGCAAAAUGCCUAGAUGAAUCUUUUGUAGCAGUAUGUAGUACACAUUUAUUACUAUUUUUACGUUAAUUGCUUAGAAACAAAUCACUCUCAUUAUUUUAUAUUUUCAGGCAAAUUCACAACAGUCAAAAAAUGUUUUAGAAAAUAAUCAGUUAAACUCCUAUACUGCCAUGAAUUUUAGUUAUCUCAUGUAGUACGUAUCUAUCUAUAGUACUAUAGUAUAUCCUAAACAAUUAUUAAGUAGAUUAAAUAGAUAUUUAACGAUGUUAAUAAAUGACAUUCUAACUGUCAUUGUUUAUAGAUUCGUAAUGAAACUAUUUUUGUGAAAGUCAUCUUGUCAUUAAAAUAUGUUUACACUUG